ACUUGAUAAGACAUCAGCAGCACUGGCCAAAUGUUGCACAUGGCUAUGAGUUGGACAUACCAACGUUUUAUAUUUCAGAGCCUCUGAAAUCAAGGACUUCUGAAUGAGACACCAGUCUCUUUCACAUAUUACAUUAAAAUGUCAAAGCAAUAUUAUUCCUUUAAAAACGGGGUAGGGAGUGGACUGGAAGAUAAUACAUUCAUGACAUUAUUGGACUUUCUAGAGUCCUGGAUUAUUCAAAAUGAUUGGGUGGCAAUUUUCUUUAUAAUUUUACUGGGAACUCUUUUUGAGAUAAUACUCAUGAAAGCUUGUGCAUCCUUUUGGAAGAAGCCCACACUUCCUGAAAAGGGUAGUUCAGAUGUCCAGGAGAGGGAAGACAGUUGCCCGAAAAGCAGGAAAUUUGCCCCAGACAAUUGGUCAGUUAUUAAUUCAUCUUCAAGAGAAAGAGUUGGCACCUUUUUAGAAAAAAGAAUUACUUCAUCACUUACAUCUGAAGAAAAGGAAUGUAACUUUGAAGAUAGAAUUUUAUUCUCACAUGAAAUAAUAUGGUCAGGUACUAGUGUAAGUGAAGAUCAAGUAAGUGACUCUAGUGAAAGUCAUGUGCCAUCUUCAAAUGGAAUCAGCUCAUCUUUGUCAUUGUUUUAUUCAGAAGUAGAGGAAAUGUGUCUAAGCCAUACACAGCAUCCAGACAAAGAAUAUGAAACAAUACAAUUUUCCUCCAAGAAAUUAUUUUCAAUGAUGGAAACCAACAAAAACAAAAAUUCAGGAUUUUCUUCUGAUCUUAGCUUUUCAGCAUCUAGAUUCACUGUAGAAAAUGAAGAUCUAGAUGUGGCACGUUGCCCUCUUGCCCACUUAUUUCUUUCUAGAGAUCAAGUUAGACUUCUGGAAGAAAAUGUGAGAAAUAAAAUUCUUUCAAAACCCAGAACUAAGUUAGGGAGUAGAACUACUUAUCAAUGCUCAAGAUCUCAAGAGCCCUUGAAUCAGAAUCAACCUUCUGUUAGAAUGGUUAUUUCUGUCCAAGCACAGGAUUCUUUUCCAGGACAAAAUGCUUUUCAGAAUCAAGGUCUUUAUGAAGCCCAAUUUACUAGUAAAGCCCAAUAUAUAAAUCACAACCAAGCAUCGAUUAACAGCCAGCCUGAUAGCAAGGCCAGCAACUUUGCCCAGACUGAAGAUGUGAUGAGGAAGCCAUUUUCUAGCAGCACACAAGACUCCUUCCAGUCCCAAGAUUUGGAUAGGAACCAACAUUUUGUUGAAGUUCCAUCAAUUGUUGAGGCACAAUAUUCAGUAAAGGGCCUGGAGUCUGAUGAACACUUAGGUGAGGACCAACAUUCUGUUUGGUUUAUAAAUUCAAACAAGAUUAAAUAUUCAAUUAUGGGGCAAGACACUAUUUUUAAGAAUGCUGAACUUCUAGUUUUAACUCCGAAUCCAAAUUUAGUUACUGAAGAUAUGCCACAACUAAGGAGUGUAGAACCACAAGGCCAACAACACAUUGUUUCAUCAGAAUUGAACCAGGAUUCUGCAUAUAGCUCAGUGCCUCUUUUGUCUACCAUUAAAGGGCGGAAAAAUAGAAGAAAAACACCAGACAGUAAAAGCAAACUCAGUCUUAACAUUCCAUCUCUAAAAGCCAAAAAAACACCAACUUCACAAGUAUUUCAAAUCACAGUAUGUCGCACUUUAAAAAAUAGGAAUGAGUUAGGAUGCAAGAAUAACACUGAGAAGAAAGAAUUACAUGAAAGGAAAGAUAUAUCAGAUAUAGCUUUGCAUCUUAUUUCUGUUUCCAAGCUUAUUCUGCCUUAUGUUAAAAAAUAUUCCAGAAAACAACUAGUGAAAGUCAUGCCGGGUUUAAUAAAAUGUGGACAUUUUCUGCAGAAGCAAAAUAAGUCACCAGAUACAGAGAAAAUCAAUCCUGUAGGUCCUCUUGAGGAGACAGGAAUCUCAGGUAUUACUAAAAAGGAAAAGGUGUAUGACAAAGAAAACAAAGGACUAAAAAACAUUUCACCAAAAAUGUUACCUCAGCUAGAACAAUCCCUCAUGGUCAACACUGUUCAACUAAAAGCACCUUGUUUACUAGUAGAAACAAAUGGGAAGAGUAAAGAAUCUCUUAAAGACUCAAUUACACAAGCAAAGGGAACUGGUAUUACAGAAUUUCAUGUUCCAAAUAGUAAAAAACCAUUUGAUCUCCAUAUUCCAAAGCACGAGACAUCUUUAGAAGAAGCUAUGCCGAAACCUAUGCAGAAACUUGUGUCCUCUCCCGAAAUGGAAUCGAACAAUAGAAUGAAAAUACAGGAGGACCUACAAAGUUCAGAGAAUUCCCAUCUUCAACUUUCAAAUGGAGAGGAGUUACCAACCAGCACACCAAAAAUGCAAAGGUGCUUUCCAAGGGAAAAUACACAGAAACAAAAAGAUUUUUUGGAACUUGUUCUGGAGUUGUCAAAUGUCCCUUUGCUCAUUUCCCUAGGAAGCAAAAUGCAUAAAAGCAGUGAAGAAUUAGAAGCCAUAAAAAUUCAAGUGAGUACAGAAAGUGGAAAUCUGAAGGAAAAUAAACCGUUGAUACUUAAUGUUACAGAAGACAGUGACCUAUGUGAAAGUGAGGAACUGGAAUGCAGCACUGGAAGUAACAUAACAAAUAUGCAUCAAGAUAAAGAAAGGUCUGAUGCAUUUCACAGUGCCACUUAUACCAUUUCUCAACUACCUGAUACAGAAACACAUAGCAGAUUAAAAGCCAAGACAGACACAUUAAGAAUAAUAAGGCUCAGUCAUUCAGCAUCAAAGCAAGAGAAAUUACUAAAUGAGAAGGAAAUACAGAAUGCAGAAUACAUUGAUAAGAGCUCUACAUUUAAAAAGCCACAACAGUGUGAUAGAGAGGAACAGGAGAAAGAAGCAAAUUCAGACCUGACACAAGGCUUCAGUUUCAGCAUACAUCUAAAGCAAAAGCCCAAGUAUGUCAAAUUCGAAACGGAACAGAUCAGUUCAGGAAGUAGUAAAGCCCCAAAUAAAGAGCAAGAGGUCCAACUACAAACUCUUUCUACACAAACUAUUUUGGAGACUAGUCCAUGCCCCAUGAUGGAUCCAUUUCAAGUUGAGAAGGUGAAGCAAAGCACAGAUGGACCUACAGACAGAGAGAGUGCCGGAGAUCCAAAGAAUCCACUUACAAUGCCAGAGAACUUGCCAGUUGGUGAACUUUUAAUUGAAACAACAGAGUAUAGUGUCCCAUUUGGUGGAAACCUCCAAAAGACAAUGGAUAGUCAUAUUGUAGAAGAAAAGGAAGACAUGAAAAGAUAUUUACCUGCGGUUGCCCUGGGGUCUUUCAAUAACCACUUGCUUACUUUACCAUAUUUUAAAAGGCAGGAAAUUAAAAAAAAAUUAUCAGAAACAAAAAGUGUACUCAGUGUCAAAUAUGUAAUUAUGAAAGUAAAGAAGCCAGCAAUCUCACUGAUGCCUUAUAUCAAUAUAUGUGGUACUCCAAACCACAGGAAAAAAAUGAGAGGCAAUUUUGAAAUUAUAAUUAAACAGAUACUGCAAGAUAAAAUUGCGGCAGGUAUGCUUCUGAAUGUUAUUUACCCUCCCAUGUCUAUUUUGCCUAAUACUAGAAUGUAUAGCAGGUUAAAUGCAGAGAAUCACAGUCAUAUCAAGCUAGUCCAAGAGGAAUCCCAAAUUGAAAGGGAAGAAAAGUAUCCAUAUUUCAUUAAUGAGGGAAAUGAAUCCCAAAACACACUAGAUGCUAAAUUGCAAGAUGAAGUACAAGGCGUCAAAGAAACUCUACCAAAAGCAGUCCUGCCUGAUAGCUGGAACCUUGGACCUGAUGCGCAUCUAGAGAAGGAGAUUAAAACAGAGAAAGAAAUGCAUCAAGCAAUCCCAUUCACAGAAACUAUUAUGGAGUCUGUUGUCUCUCCCAUAAUGGAACUAUCUCAUGCUGAGAAUGUGAAGAGUACUCAAAACACACAAACAGACUGCAAAUGCACUGCAGAUUCAGAGACGCCUUCUCCAGUAUCGGGAAAAUCACUGAUUGGAGACCCUUUAAACCAAACAGGAGAAAGUGAUAUUCCAAGUAAUGGAAGUGAUACAAGAGAAAUGGGUUACUGUUUUGCAGAAAAAAAGACAGAAAUACCAAAAGAUUUACCAGCAACUUCGCCAGAGACUUUCAAUUAUUGCACGCCUGUUUUAUCUUGUUCUAAAGUGAUGAAAAAGAGAGUAACAUUUGCACUCACAACAAGUACAGCAAAGCCCAAAUGUGUAAAUACAAAAGCUGUGAAGCCAUCAAUCUCAGAGACAGUCAGUGUCACAAGCCACAGAAAGAAAUCAGAAUUAGACUUUAUGACUAAGUUUAAAAAGAUAAACCAAACUAAAGGAUUGGUACCUGAAUGUCUAAAUACCCUUUGCUCUCCAAUGCAUAGCAGAUUGCAGAGAGAGUUCUGUCUCCCUGCGUCUCAAUUAAAGCAAGGAGGAACAGCAGAUAAGACAUACAUUGAUGUCUUUGCUAAGAAUACUAUAUCCCAUGACAGAGAGGAAAAACUGGAAGAUGGAAAGGAAGAGGAACAUAAAGUUUUAUUAGAAGCAGUGCCACAGCUGAGCGAGCACCUGGGGUCUGAGGCGGGUCAAAUGAAGGAAAUCCAUCUUGAAUCAGACCCAGUGCUGAACUGUUUAACACUGGAGCUACCUAUUAAUGGACAACGUUUGCAGCACCAAACAGGUUUUAAACAAACUGCUUUAGAGACUAGUCUCCAAAUGGGUCCUUUAGAAGCUGAAGAACUACAAAAAGCCAACAAAACAGAAAAUGACAUAAAAGUCCCUGUGGGUCCUAAGAUUCCACCUCCCAAAGCCUUACAGGCUCUGGAGAACAGCCAUGGCUUCAUACUCAAUGCAUAUCAGAAGGAUAAUGAGCUUGUCAAAUCAGAUGAGGAACUGAACCAACCAGGAAAUACAAGUAUUCAGGUACAACCACAAACACAUUUUACACAAACUAUUUUGGAGCCUACUUCAUGCCCUACACUGGAUCAAUUUCCAUUUGAAAAGGUAGAGAGUCAUGUUAGGUUUUCACCUCUAAAGUCUGGGGAAGCAAAGGUUGAUGAAAUCAUAUUUUAUGCAAGAGAAGGUUGUAUCUCAUCUGAUUCUAGCCAUCAAAAGGAACAGGCUGGUGGUAGUGGAAAGAAAGAGACAGUGAUUUUUGAUUCCUGCAUGCCUGCUUUAUCUACACCUAAAACAAAGAGAAACUUAAAACAAUUUUCAGACAUGAAAACUUUAGUGAAUCCCAAAUGUGGAAUUAUAAAGGCAAAGAAGCCAACAAUUUCAUACAUGCUCAAUAUCAAGGCUGGUGCUGGUCCAAACCAUAGAAAAGAACUGAGCUGUAACUUGACAACCAAAAUGAAAGAAGUGCAUCAAGGCAAAAAGGGGGCAGAUGAAACAUAUGCUUUCCUGACUAUGACACCUGACAUUAACAAGUAUGGCAAGGUAGAAACAGAAAAAGACACGCUAAGAGAAAAAAGACUCAGUCCUACUCAAGUAAAGCAAGAUACAUCUCCAUGUGAAGAUAGUAUUACUUCACAUGACAUUAAAGAAACCCGUCUUCACGAUGAAGAGCAAGAAGAAAGGAAACAGGAGGCAUUGUUAAAAGUAAUUCCACAGCGCCUGCAACAUUUCAUAUUCCAUUCAGGUCAGGGGAAGGAUCUUGACUUUCACAAAUUAGAAAACCAAGGAAGUAGGAAAAUUCUGUUUGUUACCAAACAAGAUGUCCCACAGCAACUUCAGCCUGCAGAGCCAAUACAAGGAGAGGAGACAAAGAAAUGCCUCCAGACCCAAAAUGGCACAAUAUGUACAGUAAAUUCAAAACUUCUUCCUCUAAAAUCAGAGGACUCAGUAAACGGUGAAGUUUUAAUUGGUGCAAUAAAACGUGGUGUACCAACUGAUAGGAAAUGUAUGGGGGAACAGCACAGUUCGGGUAAAGGGGAAAAGGCAGAGUUUAAUAAAGAUCUACAAGCAACUGUCCUGGAGUUACAGAAAUCACCACAUGGUGGGGAGGCACAGAAGGCAAAUUUGACUGACAUGGAAAGUGGAUCUAGUAAUGCAAUGAACAUGAAUGUACAAUAUGAAAGGGAAGAUAAAAAUAUUCAAAAAAUGUUAUCAGAAUCAGUUCCAUGCUAUAGUCAACACCUCAGUUUCAGUACACAUCAAAUGAAAGAUCCUGACCCUUGCAAACCAGGAUCUGAACUGAAGAGUCCCGAAGGCAGAUCUUGGAAUUUGUCUCACAUAGUGCAAAAAACAAAGCAAGAAACACACUUUAGAGAAACUGUUUUAGAGCCUAUUUCUGGAUACAUGAUGAAACAAAGUCCUCAUAUGCAAGAAGCAAUAAAAUGUAUGGAAGGUCUAAAGACUUCAUUUCCCAAAACAGGGAAAUCAAAGAUUGGUUCAAUACCACGUGAUACCCCUUGGGAUGAAAAUCCCAGAAGGAAAUGGGGUAGUUCUGUUUCUGAGAAAACUGCAUGGAAUCAAAAAAACUUACGAACAGUCUUAAAACCUUUAGAUUUCUCCAGCCUCAUGUCAUCUGAAUACGAAAGCCAGAGCUAUACAUUAGAGUUUAUAGGCAAGAAAAGUAUAAUGGGUCCCAAAUGUGUAACUUUAAAGGCAAAGCAACUACGAAUUUCGCAGUUGUUUAAUAUCAUAAGAUAUUCUACAGAAAACCACAGAAAGAAAAAGCAACACCGCUUUACGUACAAGAUGAAAGGGAGGCAAUGGUGCACAAGUAUAGGAGAGGCAUUAUUUAGUGCCACUGAAUAUGCUAAGAGUCCACCAUCCAAAUCAAUGAUUGAUAAACUCUUACUCAAUACAGCAGCGAGGGGCAUUCUGUCUAACAGAACAUGCCGACAAAAUCUGGAUGGUCAUAUUACAGAAGAAAAGGAAGAGGUACAAGAAAAUGUAGCUGCAAGUUUCUUGGGUCCUUUAGAUUUCUUCAUGCCUGUUUUUUCUGACUCUAAAAACCAGAUGAACACAUCACAGUUACCAGAAAAAGAAAUUAUAUUGAAUCCCAAAUGUUUAACUAUGAAGGAAAAGAAGUUGUCAAUUUCACAGAUAUGUAAAAUCAAUAGACAGUGUACCAGAAAACAUAGGAAGAAACUUAAAUCCUAUUUAAAAACUGUAUCCAACAGAACGCGCCAAGAAAAUCAUGGUCAUAUUACAGAGGAAGAGGAAGAAGUACCAGAAAACUUAGCUGCAACUUUCUUGAGUCCUUUAGAUUUCUUCAUGCCUGUUUUAUCUGACUCUAAAAACCAGAAAAACACAAUACAGUUAUCAGAAAGGAAAAUUAUAUUGAAUCCCAAAUGUUUAACUAUGAAGGAAAAGAAAUCACCAAUUUCACAGAUACAUAAAAUCAAUAGACAGUUUACUACAAAACAUAGGAAGAAACUUGAAUCCAAUUUAAAAACCAAACUGAAAGCAAUGUGGCAAGGUGAAAAUGUGGCUGAUACAUUUCCAAAUACUAUUUCCUUCACUCCAGAUUCCUCUGACAUUAAAAGGCAAAGUGGAUUCCAAACAGAGAUAGACGUGAGAAUAUCAGGGUUAAGUCACACACAACCAACACAAAUAGAGUCACUAGCUGAAGGGAUAGCAAGGUAUUCUGAUUCCAUUGACAAGAGAAGGACUUCCAACUUGGUAAAGGGAGCAAAACUACAUGAUAGAGAAAAUGGGGAAGAGAAGCAAGAACAUCUUACAGAAAUGGAUCCAUUCUGUGCAGAAAACUUCAUGGCAAAUACAUAUCUUAGAAAGGAUCGUCAUCUUGGUAAAUCAGAAGAUGUGCUUUUGGGAGAAACCUUUUUCUCAAAAAGUCAGAUUUACAAAGGGAAUUUAGAAAAAAAUGUAAAAAUAGAAAAAACCAAAAAUGGAAAAGAAAGUCUCAAAGUUGGGCUCCCAAGGAUGGAGAAAUCAGAUAAUUGUGCAGAACUGGGUGAGGCAACAGAUGAUGCCAUAUCAAAUAAAUAUGAUAAACAGAACAUUGGCCAUUCUGUUUUAAAAGAAAAUGCUUUCUGUAAUUUGGCAGCAAUUGUCCCAGAUUCUGUUGGCAGGCAUUCGCCUGCUUCAGAAGAAAUGAAAAGACAGAAUGGCAGCCUUAAAAUGGCUGACAGGUCAAGUCCCCAAGGUGGACCUUUGCAGGCAAAGCAAUCAGCAGUUUCACAAUCACCUGAUACUGCAAGUUAUGCUGUUGUAAGCAUUAAUAAGGAGCAGAAACAGAACUUUAAAGCCCAGAAGACAGAAGUAGACAGACAUAAAGCUGCAUUAAAUGCAAAGCUAAAAUCUAUAUGUGUUUCUAUACCUAGUCUACUAUGCAUAAAUAUGGAGCAAUCACCUAGUACCUGGGAUACAUAUGAACAAUCUUCUGAAACAAGAAAUUCCCUAAACAAAGCAAAAGUGAGGGAGAAGGAAGAGUAUGGACAACAGGUUUUGUUUCAAACAGCUCCACAGUGUAUCCAGCCAUCUGAGUUUGGAGCAGAUCAAAUGAGAGAGCCUGGUCCUUUGAAGCCAAGGAAGUCAUCACUGUCACAUACACUCAGUAUAAAGGAAUUUCCUUCGCUGUUGGACAUUAUAAUACAAGAGGGCAAGAUGCAAGAAGGUAAAGGUAAAUCAAGUAUGAAACUGACAAACUUGUGUACUGCUUUACCAUCUCUAUCACAUAGUAAUUCAAAUUCAAAUUCAAGAACAAAAGCAGGUAAAGAUAAGUCAGGAACUCUAAAGGGCUGCCUUCCACCACUAAAGCUCCAGGCAUCAUCAAAUGUCAGAAGAGUAUCAUCUGCAGAGUCAAUUAAUAGAGAGAGUUUAAGUAAUGUAAUAGAAUCAAAGUGUUUUCCACAGAAAAAGAAGGAAGAUAGAGAAAAUAUAGUAGAUGUGAAAGAUAUAAUGGGCCUCAUAUGUAUCACUUUGAAAGGAAAGAAAUCACCUUUUAAACAUUUACUGCAUGGAAAGGAACCAAAACGGAGCAAUAAAAAACUAGAGAAAAUGACGCAGGAAGAUGAAAGUAAUCUAAAUGUAGUUCAGAAUAAACUCUGUGCUUCUAUUCUUUCUCCACUUCACUCGGAAUGGAAUCCUAGAAUAAAAGAGGUAUACAUGAGAGGAAUAACAAGAUUCUGUCUUUCAUCAUCAACACACCAGGAAUUAUCAGAUACAAUGGAAAAAUGUGAGCAGCCAAUUGAUGAUAGUUUAAGCAGUAUCGAAAAAGCAAAACAUAUGCCGCAGAAAGACAAAGACAGAGUGGAAAAGGCUUUGGAAAAAAUCAUGCAUUCCAAAAGAAUAGCUCUGGAGGUGAAGCAGCCUUCAGUAUUCCAAGAAUUAGAGUUGAACAUCAAAGAAAAAGGAGGAAAGAUUCAGGAAGAUAAACAAGUUGAGAUUUGGAGCAAACCUUUUGCUUCCAUCUCUUUUCCACCUUACUCUAAAGUGGGCACAAUAGAAGGAGAGGAAUCCAUGGGAAUAAAAAUGAGAUCCCCUUUUUCACAACCAAAUCUCCAAGAGUCAUCAGAUACAGAGAAAAUAGCAUAUGAAAAGUGUAUUUCUGAUAAUAUCUCAAACAGUGUAAAAAAGGCCCUAGAAUCUAUGUUGCAAAAAGAACAGGAGAGGCGAAAAAUGGAAAAAAUUAGGGCUUUGAAGAAAAUGAAAUCAUCAAUUUCACAGGGAAUUCAGUUGGACAUCAAAGAGCAAGAGAAAACAAUAGAACAUAUAACAGGUGAACCAAGUGUGCUUCUGACGAAUGCCUGCGCUUCCGUCCCUUCUCCUUCUCAUUUACAACUGGAUACAAGCAGAGAAAAAGCAGAGUAUGUCACUGAAAUAACAAGAUACUAUCUUCCAGAACUAUCACACCAAAAAUCACCAGAGGCAGGGGAAAAAGCAGAUGGAGUGGCCAGUAAGGGUGAUAUCACAAUAGAAGUACAAAAAGCAAAAGAUUACGUGCAAAAGAAAGAAGAGGAUGAAGUAAAAAUAUCAGCUAAGAAAGACAUAAUGCAUCCAGAAGACAAAGGUCUGAAAGGAAAGAAGGCAAUUUCACAGGACCUACCAUUGAAUACUAAAGAGCCAGGGAAAAGGGAUCAAGAAGCUCAGGAGCAAGGGAAAGAGGACAGAGAAGGUGAGGAGCAAGGGAAAGAGGACAGAAGAGGUGCAGGACAAGAAAAGGUUGAUAGAGAAGACAAAGAGCAAGAGAAAAUGGAUCACAAAGUUGAAGAGCAACAGAAAGCAGAUGGAGUAGGCAUAGAGCAAGGGAAAAUGGAUGGAGACAAGAGUGAACAGGAAACAGUUCUGUUCCUAUAUUUGCCUUCCAGUUCUUCUCUAACCCAUUAUAAAUUGGACACAAGAAUAGAAGGAGAGGAAGACCAACGAGGAAUAAUCAGACCUGGUGUUUCACAACUAAGGCACCAGAAAUCAUCAGAGACAGGGAAAAAAGCAAAUGGGGUGCCCAGUGAGGGUGAUAUCGCAAGUGAAGUACAAAAAGCAAAAGAUUACAUGCAACAGAAAGAAGAGGAUGAAGUAAAAUUAUCAGCUGAGAAAGACUUAAUGCAUCCAGAAGACAAAGAUCUGAAAGGAAAGAAGGCACUUUCACAGAACCUACCACUGAAUCCUAAAGAGCCAGGGAAAAGGGAUGGAGAAGGCCAGGAGCAAGGGAAAGAGGACGGAGAAGGUGAGGAGCAAGGGAAAAGGGAUGGAGAAACUGUAGAGCAACAGCAAGCAGAUGGAGUAGGCACAGAGCAAGGGAAAAGGGAUGGACACAAGAGUAAACAGGAAACAGUUCUCUUCCUGCAUUUGCCUUCUGAGUCUUCUCUAACUCGUUAUGAACUGAAUACAAGAAAAGAAGGAGAGGAAGACUUACAAGGAAUAAUAAAAUCUGCUACUUUGCAACUAAGGCAGCAGAAAUCAUUUGAUGCAGGGAAAAUAGCACAUACAAAGUCAUUUGGGGUGGAUAGCUCAAAUGACGUAAAAACAGUACAAGAAUACAAGCCACAGAAAGAAGUAGAUAGAGGAAAAACAGUAAGUGUGGAUUAUGUAAUACAACCUGAAGGCACAAUUUUUGAGGCAGAGCAAUUAUCGCUUCCACAGACACUCAAUAUUCCUGGCAGCAGUGGCUCAAAAACUAGAGAAGUACCAACAAACAUAAAAGAAAAAUUGAGACAUGUACAGGAAAGAAAAAGUGAACUAGAUGCGUUUCUGACAAUACCUUCUCUACCUCACUGUAAAUUAGACAAAGGAACAGCAGGCAAAAAAGAGGAACAAGGAGUAACAAGAUCUUUUCUUCCACCCUCAUGGCACACGGCAUCAUCAGAUACAGGGAAAUUAAAAUAUACAUUGUCAUAUUUGAAUGAUAUCACAGGUGAUUCAAAAAGAACAAAAUACAUGGCCAAGAUCCAAAAGGAUAAAGCAAGUAUUUCAGAGAAAAGUGUAAUGCAUCCCAAGCACAUAGCUGUGAAGGCAGAGAAAUCACCCCUUUCCCAUAUACUAAAAACAAAGGAACUGCAGGUGAACAUCAGUCAACAAGGGGAAAAGGCACAAGAAGGUGAGGUGGAAACAGUUGUGCUUCUGAGCAAAACUUGUCCUUUUGUCACUUCUUCAGCUUUCCUUGAGUUAGACUCAGUAAAAGAAAAUGAAGGCGAACCAGGAAUAGCAAGAAGCUUUAUGCUACAUCUUGAGAUCCAGGAGUCACUGCCUUCAGGGCAAACAGCACCUACAAAGCCAACAGAGAGCCUUGUAAAGAAAGAGAAACAACUCCUCCCACAGAAAGAAGACAGAGUACAAGCAGUAUCCAUGCAUGGCCUAAUGCACCCCAAUGGUGCCGUUUUCAAGUCAAAGACAUCAGCACCUCCACAAGUGUUCAGCAUCACUGAGCGCAGUCCCCUGAGCAAGCGAAAGGAGCCACAUUGGGGCAUGAAAGAGAGAGCAGGACAGAAGCAGGACAGGACAGGACAUCCUCAUGUGAUUCUGACAAAAACUCAUCCGUUCAUGCCUUCUCUCUCUCACCAUAGAUUCUCUCCUUCACAACUAAAGCUUCCUAUAGCAUCAGGUGCAGGAAAAAGCAGACGUGCAAAUUCAAAUGAAGGGAUUAGCUCACAUAAAGUAAUACUAAAAGCAAAUCAACAAAUGCCAUAUAAAGAGGCAAAGGCCAGAGUAAAAAUAGAAGGCAGGGAAGGUAGAAUACUCCCCAAAAGGAUACAUUUGAGAGCAGGGGCAUUCCCACUUGCAUUUCUAUGCAAUGGAAAGAACUACCCUUUGCACAUUGAAGAGCAAGGGGAAGGAGUACAGGAAAGCAAAAAGGAACCUGGAGUGGUUCCGAGGAAAUCUUCUGCUUCAUUCCCUCCUCCUCCAUUUUACCUGAAUUGUGACACUAGAAGGAGUGAAAAGGAAGGCACAUUAGGAAAAACACAAUUCAGUUUUCCACCAUUAAAGAUUCGGGAUUCAUCAGAUUCAGGCAAAAAAGCAUAUACUGAGUCACUGCAUGGUUACACGUUAAGCAACUCAAAAGGACCAGUGCAACCCAUAGCACGGGGAGAAGAGAAAGGUGGACUCAGAAUAGAUAUGGAAGACAAAAUGCUCCCCAAAUGUACAGACCCGAAGGCAAAGCAAUUACUACUCUCAGAUAUACUCAAUACCAAAAAAUUGCAGUGGAAAAGUAAAGAACAAAAGAGAAAGAUUCAGGAAGAUAAAAAUAAACAAGUUACAGGUCUGACAAGCAUUAAUACUUCUUUACUUACUCCACCAUAUCUUAAGUUUGAUACAACAGAAGGACAGGAGAACAUAAGAAUUGCAAAAGUGUCUCUCCCACAGUCACGGUCCAAGGAAUCAUCAGAUGCAGGGAGAAUAGCAUGUCCAGAAGCAACCCAUGGAGAACUUUCAACUGAUGUAAAGCAAUUAAAAGCACACCUGCUACAGAAAGAAGAGAAGGAUAGAGAAAAAGUUGCAGAUAGGACCAGUGUACUGGAUCCCAACAAAAUGUAUUUGAAGGCAAAGCAAUCGCCUGUCUCACAUACACACAGUUUAAGUGAUCUUCAGUGGAAAACUAGAGAACAAGAGGAGGAAAAGGUCCAGAAAGUUAAAAGUGGGCCAGGUGUCAUGUUGUCUGAGAGUCCUUCUAGAUCCUCCCCACUUCACCUUAACGUGAAUACUGGCUUCCGGGAGGAAAGCAUACCGAUAUUAACAAGAUCCUCUUUUCCCCUAGUAAAACACCAGGUAUCACCAGAUACUGAGGGAGGCACAUAUAUAAGGCCAAUUGCUGGUGAUAUUUUAAUCUAUCUACAAAAAGGAAAACAUAUGUCGCAGAACAAGGAAGAGGAUGACGUGCAAAUAGUAAGCAUCGUAAUAUUCCCCAAACAUCAGGAAGAGAAGAUGCAGCAAUAUGAAGGUGAACCAGGUGUGGUUCUGACCAAAUCUACUUCAUUGCCAUCUCUAUCUCAACUAGAAUUGGAUAAAGAAACACAUUUAGAUAAUGAAAUGCUAAGGCUUAAAAGACCUAUUUUGCGGAGAAUAUCACACAUAGGGGAGACUGUACAUAGAGAGUCCAUUGUUGGUAAUAUCUCAAAAGAUGUUAAAAAUGAAAAGCAACAUAUCCCUCAAAAAGAAGAGAGGAACCAAGAAAAAAUAAUUGAUACGAGAGGCACAGAUAUAACUUUGAAGUCAAAGAAGUCACCUCGUUCCUGUAUGCUCCACAGAACAGAACUGCACGUGAACAUUGGAGGGCAAGGACGAAAGGAACAUGAAGGUCAAGAUAAACCACCAGGUAUGAUUCAAAGAAAAAUGUGCAUACCCUUUUCCAAACCUUUGCCAUCUAACCUUAAACUGGAGAGAGCUACACAUGCAGAUGAAGAGAGGCUUGGAGGUAAGACAUCCUUUUUACUUCCACUAAUGCCAUCAGCAUUACCAGAUACAGAGAAAACAGCAGAUGCAGAGGCAAGGAGUGGUGAUGUAAGAAAAGGAAAACCACACAGGUCACAGAAAGAAAACAGGCAUGAAGUGAAAACGAUAGAUAUGAGGGUCAGGAUACACUGCCAAGAGGCAAGGAUUUCACCAAUGUCACAUAUCCUUAAUGCAAAGGAAUUAGUGUUGAAUAUUAACAAACUGGAGAAAAAAGUACACGAAGAUAAAGACGAAGAAUGUGUGGUUCUGUCAAGGACUUUUCUUUCUAUACCAUCAGCACCUCCUCUUUAUCUGCAUUCAGGGAACAAAAUAGACAAAGACACUUCAGGAAUUACAGGAUCAUCUUGUCCGCAGCGAACUCUCCAUGUACCCUCAAAUACCCAGAAAAUAACAAAUAGAGACUCAGUUGAAGGUGAUGAUAAAAACGCUGUUAAGCAAGCAGAACAGUAUGUGCCCCGCCCAGAGGCAGAGCAACAGUUGACCUCAAACUUCAUGAUCAGCGUCCAGCAAAGGAAUGAACCUUCACGAGUCAGGUCAGAAGGAGAUUUGAAUCAGUUAGUUUUAAAUUCCCAGGAUGAGGACAUUUAUUUCACAGGGUUUGGUACCACAAGAGGUGGGAAAAGGCUGGAAUGGCUCUUUACAGGGAAAAAGGCUCAGCCCGAAAAAUACAAAACAGAAACUUUUACUGCGUUUCUUUCCCAUCCCACAAUGGAUGCAACUAAAAUGCGAGGUCUGGAAGAAGAAACUGAAAUAAUGGAUAACUUAAACCAUAACAUCAGUCCUAAGGCUUCAGUUUCACUGAUAAGGAAAAUAUCUGAGGAACUGUAUGUCACACUUGGCACCCCUGCAAGUUCAAAAGGAUUUUCUGUUUCAGAGAGAUAUGCUCACCAGCAAGAAACUCCAUCGAAAGUAUCUCCAGAACUUGCAGGUUCAUGUAAAUUUGAUAAGCCAAAGGAAGAUGUACAAAGUAAUGAUAAAAUCAGCAAAAUGUUUUCUCCCAAAGUGUUAGCACCAAAGACAAAGGGAUCACUCAAAAAAAUAAGUAUCGUCACCAAUUGGAAUGCCCCCCAAAAUAUAGAAGAACAAGAUAUUGUCAUGAAAAAGCAAGUGACCCGACGGUGUGAACAUGGGCACAAGACCAGGCCAAACACUAUCCUUUCUAAGUUUCCCCUUCAAAGUGGAAAGCAGAAGACACCAUCGGAAACAGAUGUGGACAGGAUAACAACAGCGCACCUCAGCCUACAGAUGCUACCAGGAAUACACAUGGAUACGACAGAGAUUGACCCUGCAAAAGGGGGAAAGGAGCAGGCAUUGCUCAUUUCAGAACAAGAGGAAGGUUUUCUGGAAUUGCUUCCGAAGUCCCUAUUCCCUCCCUGGACUUUUCAAUUUCAAUCAGGGGAUCUGGAGGAAAAAGAUCAAACAGACGCAAACACCAACAGAAAUCUAGAGCAGAAAAAAUUAGAAAUGGACAAUGAUAGUACUGUGAAUCAGAAAGAAGGGAAAUCAAAAAUAGGCUCAAACAGAGCUUUAUAUCUGCAAGAAGAGAAAACAGAGAUGCACAAGGCCAGGACUGCCAAUCUGGAGAAGGAGAGAGGAAGAAUGGACACAAGCAGUAGUGCACACCUGCAUCUUCCAUCUCUAAAGGCAGAGGAAUCUCAAAUGAAGACUCAGGUCAUCAAUCAUAGGGAGAACAGCCGCCUAAUCAUGCAAAAACAGAAAAAAGAACUAGAAGCAUCUAAUGCAAAACAAAGCAUUCAACUACAAAAAUUAUUUCAAAGAAAUGUUCUGGAUUCAUUUUAUUCAUAUGUUCCUCUUUCUCCCAAAUGUAAAGACCAGAAAGGCAGAUUAACAAUAAGAGAUCUGAAAAGAGAAUUGAGCACCAAAUAUUUAACUAUGAAAAUCCAGAAUCACCCAAUUCCACAGAUGCUUAAUAUCACAGGGCGUGGGACACCAAGCAAUAGAAAGAAAUUAGAGUAUGAUGUUAAGUUAAAGAACAUAGUUUCAUGGAGUAAAGAUGUCUCAGGAAUAUUUAUCAGAAGUCUUUCUAUUUCCAUCAUGCGUUCACCUCACACUGACUCUAAGACAAACCUAGAAAGAGAAAAGAGAAUCUGUCUUCCUAAAUUCCAGGAAAAAUCACCAAACACUAGUGGAAUGUCUAAGAGAGACACUUUAACAAUUGUAAAAGGGGAACAGAAUUUCACAAACACAGUUCCACAAGAUCCCCAGCCACUUGCAGUGGACAAACAACAAAUGCAGAAACUUCCUAAUGUCAAAUCACAAGCAAACCUCAGAAGUGAAAUGAAUAAAAAAUGCUUAAAGGCACAAACAAAAGAACGGAUUGUUCCAGGGCAUGAUGUCUCAAGGAUCAUUAAAAAACCAGACUUACGUAUCAUCAAACAGGAAGAAAAGAUUCUAAAACGCAUUCUGACACCCACAGAGUGUCCAUCUAUGCUUGAAGAUCCAAAGUUACCCAAGCAAAGGGAUCAGAGUGAACCAGUAUGGGACAUGACCACACCAAAGGUUCAGCAACAAAAAGCUUUCCCAGGAACUGUGCCCACACCGCUUCAAGUUAAAAGUAGUGAAGUCAAAAUAGUUGCAGACAGUACAAAUGCAGAACAUUUACUUCCCAUUUGUGAAGCAACCAAAGCUAUCUCUGAAUCCCAGGUUAAAAAUAUGAUCCAAGACAAAAUUUCUUCCCAUAAACUGGAUAACAUACAAGCCUAUAAGCCUGACGACUUGAAGUCACCACCUCUUCCAGAGGGUCUAGAUACAAUAUCAACAGCAAUAUAUCCCAAAACGCAGCACAAAUCCCUUUUAGAACAGUUUACUGCCAAAGAAAAAAAUAAGCUUACUAAUCAUUUAGAGUCAAAAGCACUUGAAAUACAACUGAAUCUGAUACCAGAGAUGGCAAGAAAAUCUUUACAAAUGUUCAACUUUUAUCCAAAAGGGACUAUUUCAAAAGAUAACAGUUGGAGGUUCUAUUCGAGACAUAAAACAAUGAGCUUUAUGUCUCUAGAAGGGACUGAUACCAUAGAACCUGACUCAAAACAUAAAUACCAAAAAGAUUCACCUCUUGUCAGCAGUAUGAAGACACCGAUUGUUGAUAUUUCAAGAGGCAGUGAGGAGACAAUCACAAAGCUACAGAGUAUUAAUAAGCUAGAAAAUGGAACAUCUUCAGUGACUUCUGCUAGUGAGAUGCUAUUGCCUCAUACCCUCCAAAACCUCUCAGUAAAAGAAAAAGGCAAACUCCUCAUGCACUUUUCUGUGAAAACAUUGGAGAUACAAAUGAAAGCCUUUCCCAGAAUUGUAAGAGAAUCUUAUGCAAUGACCAGUGCUCGUGAGAGACAGAAACCCUUAUCUAACUGUAUUCAUCCUGGUUUCACAGGACCAAAACAACAAAACAGACUUUUGUUACUUUUUGAGGAAAAAUCUCUCCAUCAAAUAGAUCUUGAUUUACAAUACAAAUACCUUCAUUUUCUCCUGGGGCUUCCAGUUGGAAGUAUGUUACCUAAGCCAAAUGUACUUCCCAAACAUAAUAAGUUAAACACAAUUGCAAUGUGUAAAAAUGUAGAUGCUGGUGGAGAAAGUGGGAGUCUUUCCAUUGAUACAGAACUGUUAAAACAACAUAUUUCUUUCAGAAAGCAAAGUCCCCACGAAAACUCGUCACUCAUCAGAAAAUUCCCAGAGCCAACACUUGUGUGUGCUUCUGACCAUGAUCUGCACAGCCCGAGGAAGAAAGAUACUCGAGUUCUUUCAGAGUCAGAAUUCCAUGUGACUCCAGAAAAAAACAAACAAUACCAUGUAUGGUUUCAAGAAAGAAAUACAUAUGAAUCUGUCGAUUUAAGGACCCAGAGAAAUGCUACUGGUUCAGCUGUUUCAUAUGAAACUCAGAUUUCUGAAGAUUUUACUGAUAUUCAGACAGAUAUUGAGAGUCCAGCUGACUUGGACAAAUGUUCAUGUCUUGAAGUAAGUGAGAGUGAGGAAUGUGUGUUUCUGGAAGCCAACUCUUAUUUAAGUCAGGAAUCAGAAAAAAUUCUAUUUGAAUUACAGACAGGCAUUCCUUUGGAAAAUCUCUACAAAAUCACAACUGAUUUGAAAUCAUUUUACAGUGAAGAUUCAGGUUCCCAUUGUACUAGAGAGUGCAGAAAGGAAACCUUAAUUAUUACACCACCUUCCUGUAAGUCCCACAAAAGCAGGAAAUAUAAAUCAUCUUCCAAAAUGAAAUCUCCUGACUGGUUGUGUCAUAGUUCAUCAAAUACUGUGGAAAUUCAGUCUAGGUCAUCUAGUGUAUCAUUCAGUGAAGAGAAGCUUUCAUGUACUACCAUGAGCAGAACAAGUUACUCUUCAGCUCCCUUAACUGAAUCAAAUAUUAAAUCACAUCUUGCAAAAAUCCAAGGCAAGUCUCACAUGCACCCAGAAAGCCAAGAAAGAAAGAAGGCCAGAUCUGAUUUAUUUAGGAAGAACAACAGUCAUUGGGACCACGAUUACAGUUGUAUACACAGUAAAGAGAAACGUGACAGAAAGAAGAGAGUGUAUGAUUAUGAGUCAGAAAGAUUGGAUUGUUUCCAAGUCAAACAUAAAUCAGCAUCAAAACCUCAUCAUGAUGAUAUCAACUUCUAUUCUGAAAGAAAACAAAACCGGCCCUUUUUUUUUGCCUGUGUACCAGCAGACUCACUGGAGGUUACACCCAAAACCAUUCGCUGGACUAUUCCCCCUGAAACCUUAAGGAAAAGAAACUUCAGAAUUCCCCUAGUGGCAAAGAUUUCAAGUUCUUGGAAUAUAUGGAGUUCCUCCAAAAAGUUGUUGGGGUCGCUCUCGGGGUCCCUUACUACCAUUUUUCACAGCUGACAUUACCAUAGCUAAACUCCUCUGAAGUGGACAGCUGGUCGCUAUUAUGAUAUUCUGUGAAAAAUAAAAUCAUAUAACGUCCAA